AUGAUAGUUGGUUCUGUUGUCGCUAAUUCUUCUCCGGCGCCGAUUCUCCCCAAACCGCCGAUUGCUAUUUGUUCACAGAUUUCCUUCGCUGCAACUCGUCUUCAGCUCUCUUCGUCUUCGCCCAUUUCUUCUAACCUUUCUUUGACGUUCAUCGUUGCCCAGGUAUGGAACGUUGCAGUGAAUCAAAACGAAAUAGGGUUAGUUGGAAAAACGUGA